ACACUGUACUGUAACAACAGUAAAAAAAAGUGUUGUAUUGAAGCAUUGAAAGUGAAAUUUAAUAUUAAAAAUGAGUUUUUACAAUAAAGUGGUUAUAAUAACUGGCGCUGGAUCAGGCAUUGGGGCUGCAACUGCGAUAGCAUUUGCAAAACAAUCGGCUAAAAUAACAAUAAUCGAUAUAAAUGAACAAGAUUUGAAUAAAACAGCUGAAGUAUGUAAAACAAAUAAUAAAGAUGUAUUAAAAAUUGUCGCAGAUUUAACAAGAGAUGAAGAUAUAAAACGAAUCGUCGAUGAUACUGUGGCAAAGUAUGGGAAAUUAGACAUACUAAUUAACUGUGCUGGAAUAUUCACCAUUGCUAGUAUUGAAAGUAAUAAUUUAAUGAAAAUAUACGACCGUAUUUUAGCAGUUAAUUUAAGAUCUGUUGUUGCAUUAACUAAUUAUGCUGUUAAUGCAUUAAUCGAUGCGAAAGGUUGUGUAGUUAACAUCUGCAGCGUGGCAGCUAAACUAAUAACAAAGAGUAAUCUACCGUAUAGCAUUUCAAAAGCUGGAUUGAUGCAUUUUACUAAAUGUACAGCAACAGAAUUAGCUGAUAAAGGUGUUAGAGUGAAUUCCAUAUCACCAGGACCGGUGAAAACUAACAUUUAUCAGUAUUCUGGUUUAAGUGAGAAAGAAAUUAAUGUAUUAAAAGAUAUUAGUGUUGAUUGUACACCUUUAGGAGCUGUGAUAGAGCCGGAAGAAAUAGCAGAAGUGGUGCUAUUUCUAUCAAGCGAAAAGGCGAAGAGUAUUACUGGUUCGGAUUACUUAAUUGAUGGUGGAAUGCUAUUGAAAGGACUGGUUAGUUUACGCUAACUAAAUUAUUACUCGAUGUCGGCCGCAUGCAAUAAAAAAUUAGCUUAUGUGUGUCCACACUAUGUUCUCUAUCUAUUAGCGACAUCCGUUCAACUCUUUUUGAGAUACCUUCUAACAAACAUACAUCUAAACUUUUGCA